UAACAGGGCAUGUUGACUAGCAAGAACAAGUACUUUUGUCUUGUCCCUACUUGUGACCUAUCUGCACGUCAUGUGUCAAGCGAUUCGUUGAGCUCAACGAGCUAAUGUUGACAGCUCUGGAAAUGAAAGGUUUUGGUCGGUCUGUUCUGUCAGGUGUGUGUCCCUGCCAAAAGUAGCAGUGAUGGAUGGAGAAGCCCUGAGGCCGACUGCGUCAUGGGAGAAUGGUUAUCUGGCUCCUGUGGACCACCUCCGUUCCGACAGGGCAGAAAGUCCCACACCAGGUCUGGUGGAGGGAACUGAACCUGGUGCCGGUCAGAGGAGUGCUAUGUUUGUCCGUGCACAGUCUUUUGAAGAUCUGACUGCUGAGACUGAGGAGUUGGUUCGGAGGGAGGCUCAACUGGACAAACCCUUAGAGUCUGCAGAGGACCUCGAGGUGCUGGUGGGAGAGAAAAGCGUAGAGGACCAGCACAACAAUGAGAAUGCAUCUGAGAGUAGGACAAAGGAGGAAGAUGUGUCUAGUGAGGCAUGGAGGAGCCACAGAAAACAUGUGUUUGUGCUAAGCGAGGCUGGAAAGCCCAUCUACUCCCGCUACGGCACAGAGGAGGCCCUGUCCAGCACCAUGGGGGUGAUGAUGGCCCUUGUGUCAUUCGUUGAGGCAGAGAAGAACAUCAUUCGCUCCAUUCAUGCAGAUGGCUGUAAAGUGGUAUUCCUUGCCAAGAGCCCUCUGGUCCUGGUGGGCGUGUCCCGAACCUCUCAGUCAGACAAGGAGCUGCUGCGAGAGCUGCAGUACAUCUACUACCAGAUUGUCAGCCUGCUAACACUCACCCAACUGAACCACAUCUUCCAGCACAAGCAGAACUACGACCUGCGCCGCCUGCUGGCCGGCUCUGAGUACCUGACCGACAGCCUGCUGCAUCGACUGGACCGAGACCCCGGUCUGCUGCUUAGUGCUGUCACCUGCCUGCCUCUUCCCAGCUCCAACAGGGAUGUGGUGUCAUCGAGCCUGCAGGCAGCCAAAUCCAAAAGCCUUGUGUUCUCCAUCCUGCUGGCAGGGGAUCGCCUGGUGACUCUGGUGAGGAAAAAGGACCAAUUCCUGCACCAUAUAGACUUGAACCUGGUCUUCAACCUUGUAGGCUCCUCAUCGUCAUUCCGGGAGGGGGAAGGCUGGACGCCCAUCUGUUUGCCAAAGUUCAACACUGCAGGAUUUUUCCACGCUCACAUUUCUUAUCUUGAGCCUGCUUCUGAUCUCUGUCUGAUCCUGGUCUCUACUGAUCGAGAGGACUUUUUUAACAUGUCCGACUGCAAGCAACGGUUCCUGGAGAGGCUGAACAAGCGCAGUGCCUACCAGGCCCUGAAGGAGGCACUCAAGUGUCCAAGUUAUUGUGUGGAGCAGGUUGGCAUCCCAGAGCUGAGACACUUUCUGUAUAAAUCGAAGAGCUCAGGGUUGUACACCAGCCCAGCAUUUCCUGUAGUGUACCAGACUGAUGAAGAGCAGGAGAGGCUGAUGGAAUUGUACCAGGACCUUCAUAGCCGCUUGCAUCAUCCAACCAGACCUCUUCGCUCCUUGUAUCGCUGUACUGAAAGUGAAAACCUGAUGGCAUGGGUGACAAGUGGCUUCGAGCUCUACCUCUGCUUCAGUCCACUAGGGACCAAGGCCUUGGCUGUCUCUGCUGUCACCAAGUUGUUAAAGUGGAUCAGGAAGGAGGAGGAUCGCCUCUUCAUCCUGAGUCCUCUCACAUACUGAGCCUUUGCUAACAGUCCAGGUGUUAACAACAGCGACCAAUAAUGCACUAGUCAGUUCUGUGUUGAGAAAGAUUGUCAAAGCUAAGCUUUAUUCUUGCUUCUGGAUUCAUGGGAUUUCAUUCACAGAUUUGUGACAAGACGGUAUGGAUUGUGUAAUCAGGGUGAGUUAACGCUGUAUUUUAAUCCGCCAGAUUUUUAUGACUUUAAAAUGUAUGAUAUCGACAGGGUGGAGACGCAUCAUCAAUAUUGAUGGCAAAUCAACAACGACAUACUGUGGCGUUUGUAUGCUUUUGAAGUUGUUAUAAAUACAUAAUUAUUUUACUUUAACUGUCUUAAUUUGCCUCUGAGAUUAAAAAAAAAUGCUGCCUGUGUUUUUUAAUGCUAUCUGCUAAAUUACUUAAAAAAACUGGAAGUAAUUGAGCACCUAAAGCAGAAUUAUAAUCUCUUGUCAUAAGACGUAUUGUCAAAAUAUGGGUAAGGCACAUUCCUGCAUUUGAUGAUGACCAAUUACUGUAAGAACUAUUGUCAUUUUACCUCCAUGCACUUUCUUUAUGCAAAAGGCACUCCAAGAAAAAUGUGUUCCUAAAACUGUAACCUGUUUUCUACUGUCAUUUCAUUGUGUUAACAUGUAUUAUUAAUGUAACUACAUUUAUGUCCAUUCAUUUCCCAGCGUCAGUUAGAAUUUCCCUAUUAACACUUCACUACUGUCAUUCAGUAUAAUGAGCAUAAUAAUUGAGAAAAGUAUGUGAUAUUUUAUGUACUUGUGACUAAUCAUCAAAGUUUGCUGUAUUUCAUGGGGUCCUGCUUUGCUUAAUGAGUCCAACGAUGCCACAUCUGCCUUAAUUGUUUUUUGUGUACAAAGCCAAUAAAUAAAUGAUAACAUUAUAGAUGCAGGUUUAUGGCUGCUUAUAAAUGAAAGAAUAACUGAGUGGUAAGUAAUAAAACUGACUCUCUAACAGA